UUCUGCUUCGCGUUCCUUCAUCAUCGAGAUAUUUGGCAUAAUAGAGUUGGAGAAGAUCUCAUGUAUUUCAAGUACCGUUCUGUACGCGAAUGAUUCAGCAUCAGUGAUUACGUUAUAUAUAGCUGCGCUCUCGAAUUACCUGUGGUAAAGCCGGCACGGCGAUGUUUGAGUUACAUUGUUUGAUCGCCACGUGAAUGUUUAACCGUGAGUAAUGUCAGCGUUCUUGAUGGCCGGACAUCUCGGUAUUCGAUGGCAGACAAGCAACGUCGUUCGUACGAUUUACUUGUCCGUCAGCGACAGCCUCUUCUGUCUUCUUUCGCGAUUUCUUCGGCCACCUUGUCAGUACGACGGCGGUCGCAAGCUCUGGAAUGAUGUAUACGUCGGCGGGAAGCUUCUUCUCUUUACUCUCGGCCACGGCGAACAUCCAACCAGGCACGCGCAGCGAUACAAUCCCGCGGUAUCGCCACUCUCGUGGCAUCUCGUGCCACCUUGGGAGUACAUGCUGCGCGAGAUUAUCCUCAAAUCGGUCACCCCGUCGCAGCUGGAUGCCAGUAUACCCCAUAGGCGUCCGUUCGAUGCCUCCUAUUACGGCGGGCCGGUCGCUGCGUACUCGAACGACGACGAGAAUGUCAUUCUGUCGCGUGGAAACGUUUACCGUCUGCCGAACGGCCACUGGAUGCUAUGCCAGGACGGAUGCGUCGAUUGCGAGCCAUGCGCGGUUCAGAGGAAUCCCUCGUUCACGUGGAUUCUGCGGAGGAUCAAGCGACCGCCAGAUUCCAAGCCGACGCGACACGAUCUCCAGCUGACGAUAAUACCGCAAGCGAGCGAUCGCUUCCACGCCGGCAGUUUCUGGCCGAAUAAUUACGUUUACGUGACGCCGCGGGGGGAACGAACGCCGACCCCGACGAUUAGAGCGCAGCGCGACAACGGUCCGGGAACACCCCCGUCUGGUCUUGAAAAUAGUUUUUCUGAGCAUCAUCGUCGAUCAAAGGAUCUCUGGCGGUUGACGGAACGAGACUUGAACGCCGACCGGGACGGGAUGCUGCGAGAGGAUAGCCGCGCUGCCGUUCAGGAGAACGUGAGCACCGAAAAGACCGAGAAAGAAGAAUCGAUCGAGCGGAAGCGCAGUCUCGAGAAUAUGAGACCUCGACAACGACCCUCGGAAAAAGCGGCGGAAGAAGCGAAUCAAUUGGCACCGAGGUUGAUCCUGGGAACCGAUCAAAAAGGUCAGAAGCAUUUGGUUCACGUGGUGCCGGCGGAUUAUCCGACGACCACUACGUUUCCCGCGAUUUCUCCUCUUCCGGAACACCCGACGUCGCACUUCGUGGAAGACCAGGCGACGCACUCAAACAAUACGACCUCCAAUCGUGAGAGGCAAACUUAUCAAUGGAUACUUCACAGAAUUUUCAACUCCUUGAAUACGCACAGGCGAUCGAUCGAAGAUUUCCUCGAGUCACCGACGGACAAUGCAGACGGCUAUCGACUGUCUUCCUCGAUGGACAACAUGGAAGUCGCUGGAUUUGCUUGGAAUAAUCGCGAUAUAAAUCAUAAAAAUGCUAAUUCUGAUUCGUUGCAUCUUAAUGACGCGCUGCCGCCGUCCAUUCAUGCAGGAAAUGAAGGUAGGACAGGGAGGUAUCAGCAAUACAGAAACAGGUAUGAUUACGAACACACGAAGCAGGACAAUGAUUAUUAUACAGCAUAUCCAGAUACGAAUCAAGCUAAUUGUGAGUCGCGUGGCCAGUCGCAAAAGGACUUUAAUCUCGACUUGGGCAGACAACGGCGAAGAAUUCCUAUCAGGCCGUACUUUGUUAAUAGUGAAAAUAUUUCAAGGGUAAGUUCACCGUCGCCAACUUUGGACAAUUAUUCGAUAAAGGCUAUUCAGAAAGCUGGUUCCGGUUUUGUUGCAAGUCCCACGAAACAAAUUGAUCUUAAUGACGCGCUUGUCGAGAAAGCAAAUAACAGUUCUAUGGAAUCGAGUUCGAUAACAAUAAAACGCGAGAACGGACAAUUGUUCGACUUGGAAAGGCAGCGAAGUGGCGAUGUUAAUCGGGAAUUCGAGGCUUCGCGCUAUGCUUUCAGGGUAAUUGUUACUACCGGGUCGCCGGUAAUUCGAAGCGAACACGAAACUUUAAAUCGCACUACAGUAUUACAAAUGACUACUUCGAAGACAUUCUAAUAGUUCGUAAUCAGUAGGCAGAAAGAAAGACUAAUGGCAAUAGAACUGGAAGUUAUAUACAUAUAUAUAUAUAACUGUAAUUAUCUUAAUUAUACGUUUAUAUAAUCGUAGAAUAGUUUGCACGCUUUUCACUGGCAAUGCAUGAUACUAAAAUCCAAGUUUAUAUUCUCUCAUAAAUAAAAAUACAUCAAGAU